AUGGAAUCUAGAUUUGGAGUUGUGCUGGUUUUGAUCUUGGCAGCUGCAUCAUCAUCUGCCCAGAAGAACUGUACCUGUGCAACCAACAGACGGGCUCUAUGCACUGAAGACAGACUCGGGAACUGCCUCUGCACGUUGGUGGGUUCAAAUCAAAGAGUAAAUUGUUCAGUGUUGACUUCAAAAUGCCUACUGAUGAAGGCAGAAAUGAGCUCCCCAAAGGGCAGGCACUUCUCCAAACCUGAGCAUGGCUUUUUAGACAAUGAUGGAAUUUACAAUCCAGAUUGUGAGGACAGCGGUAUCUUCAAAGCCAGGCAGUGCAAUCAGACCAACACCUGCUGGUGUGUGAACUCUGCUGGGGUGAGGAGAACUGAUAAAGGUGACACAACCCUAAGAUGCAGUGAACUAGUCAGAACUAACUGGAUCUUCAUCGAACUGAAACACAAGGAGAGGUCUCAAACCUUCCAUGCUUCUGAAGUGGCAAAUGGUCUGAGACAGAUCAUUCAGAACAGAUACAAGCUGCAUCCAAAGUACAUCACUGCCAUUGAGUAUGAAUACCCAUUCAUCCAUAUUGACCUGAAGCAAAAUGCUUCCCAGAAAUCCAACAGAGAUGUUGAUAUAGCUGAUGUGGCUUAUUACUUUGAAAAAGAUGUUAAACUUGACUCCAUAUUUCAUCGUAGUAAUGCAUUCAACCUCUCCGUUAACGGAGAGCCUCUGGAUGUGGAAGGAAUUUUAAUUUACUAUGUGGAUGAAAAGCCACCAGAGUUUUCUAUGAAACGUCUGACUGCUGGCGUUAUUGCUGUGUUGGCAGUGGUGAUAUUGACUAUUAUUACUGGGAUUACUGUACUGGUUAUUACCAGGAGGAGGACCGGGAAGUAUGAGAAGGUCGAGAUCAAGGAGAUGGGUGAAAUGAGACGAGGACAGAACUCAUAG